AUGAUUCAUAACGAAGUGGUUGAUUUUAUCUACAAGGAGCAUGGGCAUUUGGUUACAAGAUGGAACCAUUCCCUUCUCAGUUCCAGAAACCUCCAAAUAUAUGCCCAAGCAAUCUAUCAUAAAGGGGCAGCUUUAGAAAACUGCUUUGGGUUCGUAGAUGGAACCGUGAGACCCAUCUGCCGCCCCAAAAAGCUCCAGAGAUCAGCUUUUAAUGGGCACAAACGAACUCACGCCAUUAAGUUUCAAUCAGUUUCUUUGCCAAAUGGAUUAAUUGCUCAUUUGUAUGGACCUGUAGAGGGAAAGAAACAUGAUGCCUCUAUGCUUGCUCAGUCAGGGCUUCUUGCAGACCUUGAAAGAUUUGCAUUCUCAGAGGCUGGCCAACCAAUGUGCAUCUAUGGAGACCCAGCCUAUCCCUUACGUGUUCACCUCCAAGCCCCUUUCCGGAAUGCAGUGGUAACAGCCGACAUGGAAAGAUUUAAUAAAUCCAUGAGCUCAGUAAGGGUGUCAGUAGAAUGGUUAUUUGGAGACAUAAUCAACAGAUUCAAAUUUAUGGAUUUUAAGAAAAAUUUGAAAGUGGCCCUCAGUCCUGUUGGAAAAGCUUACAUUACAAGUGCAAUUCUUAGUAAUGCAUUAUCAUGCAUGUAUGGUAACACAACAUCAACAUUCUUUGGUCUUGAACCUCCAAACCUACAAGAAUACUUACAUCCACAAAAUCAUUAA